AUGACAGCACCUCCUCAACAACAAUUAACACCUGGUGAUCAUCAUUAUUUUGAAUGGUCAACAUCAAAACAACAAACAAAUCUUCUUCAUCCAUUAAUGACACAUACAAAUCGAAAACAGUAUUAUCAACAUUAUGAAGACAAACAUAAUUUAGAAGAUAAUCAAUUAAAAUCAAAUAAAACAACGGGCACAUCUCCAUCAAGUUUAUCUCCUCCAUUGAAUCAGAUAAGUGGUCAUAUAAGAAAAAAACAAAAAGUCAAUGGAACAGGAUCAUCAUCAUCAUCACUGAAUACAACCGAUGAACCAAAUCAAUCACAACAAACAUGUUAUCCAUUUCAAGCUGAAUUAACACAGAAAAUCGACAUUGAAUGUGGUGGUGGUAGUAGUGGUAAUACGGGUACUGGUCAAACAGCCCAUACACACCCUACACAUCAUUUUACAUUAAGUACAGUUAUAAAUGUUAGUGUAAAUGGUCAAACACAAAAAUCGCUUGAUAUUCUUCCUUCGUCAUCUCAACAACAACAACAACAAUAUCCAAUAAAAACCACUGAUCAACAAGAUUUACAUAUUCAUUCAUCCUUAAUUCCUUAUUCAGAAUUAAAUUUAUCAUUAUAUUUAAAAGAUAUUGAUCUAACAACAUUUGAUAUGUUUAUAUUACCAUCAUGUCCAAAUCCUCAAGAUUAUUUAACAGUAGAUGGUUUAUUAACAUUUUUAAUGUCAGAUAAAAAUUUAUCAAAUGAAUUCAAUAAAUAUAAUCAAUUAAGGCCAACAUCUCAACAAUAUCCUAUACAACAAAUGUAUAAUUAUCCUCGAAUACAACAACAACAACAGUAUCGACACCCAUAUCCACAAUACCAAAUGUCUCAAUCAUAUAAUUAUCCACAACAGAAUUUAAAUUCGUCAAUGAUAAUGACUGAUUUAUGUACAUCAUCAACAACAAUUGAAACAGGAACUUCAUCAUAUUAUCGACAGUCAUCUUUACCACAACAAAUGACAAGAUAUUAUCCAACGAUAGCACCUACAACUUCAUUUAGAUAA